CUACAGAGCUGCUGCUGACCCAGUUUUGCAGUCGCCGCCGCCGCCGCCGUCACCGUCGCCGACAGGCCAGUCAGUCAGUCUCGCGUGCGACACCCGACCGAGCUCAGUCAAACCCAUGUGCGUGGUCGCGCGCGCCCCUACAGUGUACUGCAUGUGGACGACUCAUGUACUUAAAGAUACUAUUCCUUUGGGCACUGCCGUUGGAGCUCAAUGGUUACGGUUACGAUGGUUAUAGCACCUGCACAAAACCGUAUCGUAAUGCAAGAGCCAAAUUUCCAGAUUUACCUUGCGAUUUUAACUCUCAAUCAUGGUGCAUGGUACCUGGAUCAACGUACCCGUGGCACGCUGUCCGACGAUUUGUUUUCGAGAAUCAUGGUUUGAUGAAACGCAUGUACGGCGAACAGCGACACAUAUCGGUGUUGCGCGCCGACAUGGACACCAAUGACAUCGAAGGUGGCGUCUGGAACCGGCGCCGGGAGGAAUCGUCGUUGAACCGCUACAACUUGCAACCGUCACCGCCACCACCAACUUCAGGGACCUCAGCUGGCACCGCUACAGCUAGUAACGCUACUAGCCCCACCACGUCGACAUCGGCAACUGCGACUACCGCGACCACUACCACUACCACGUCCACGACGUCCACCGUUCGACCAUCCAACAUCACCGUCACGCCUGUGGCCGACGUCGUACCACCCACGACGACCACCGCGACGGAAGACGUGGAAGACGGCACCGUGGACGAUGUUACAGUGGACGACCAGUUGCAGUUCGAAACCACCACCGACCCGAUAGCGUCGACCCAGCGUACCGACCAGGUACAGGAGCAACCGGGAUUCUUCCAGGAGUCGACUGAUGGCGAAACGGAUAACACUCAGAAAUCAAAAGGCAUUAAUGCUUGCCCGGUAAAGGAAGAAGUGGUCGCGCCGUUUUGGGCGAACAACACUCGUGGCGAAGUGCUAGCGCUCCUCAAUCUCUAUCCGUUCGAGCAGUACGUCCACUGGGAGCGAUGCACAUUCGAGAACAAACAGAUGUUCUGCCGCCAGGGCUGUCGGUGUGAACAGCAGUACCGCUUGCACAGGCUGCUCGCCUACGAUCCGUCCAACGAUUGCCGUGGAAUAUUCUCUGACUGGUUUAGGUUCCCGUCGUGCUGUGUGUGCCGUUGCUACGAUCUGCCCAACGAUCUAAGGAUCACUUCCCGCAGUCCUCGCAUCGAAGGAGACGAUGGUUCCGGCAACAACGGAAACAAUAAUGACCUCGACACGUGGUUCCAAAAUCCGUUAAACUCUUAACUUUUACUUUUCUUUACCCGAUAUUACUGUAUUGUUAUAACGUAUCCGUGUUUUAUUUUUAUUCUCUCACUCUUUUUCUCUCUCUUCUUCGAUAAUAUUUUAUUUGUCAUUGCGCAUCAUCUAUAGUGUUGGGCAAAAAAAAAAA